UUUCUUUUCUCGGCCUCAAAAUAGAUGACGCUCCAUAUUGUCAAAGAGGGGACAGAUCUAGGUGAAGAAAGCAAGAAAAAGGAGAAAAUUGCACAGACAAACAAGGAAAAGAGUACAAGCAAAAAGUAGAUCGGUGUCCCAUGAACAACAUUGAGAGCAGACUUAGGCCCUGUUCACUUUCAUUUUCGUUUCCUGUUUUCUGUUUUAAUGUCAUAAAUUUGGCAACCAAAACGAGAAAUCUUGUUUACUUUUCAUUCCGUUUUCUAUUCGUUUCCAACUAUGAAAACAUAAAGUGGCAACUUCCUGCUGUUUUCGGAAACGACAAAAUGUUGUUUUCACCUGUUUGC